UGAAGGGUUUGUGGGGGUGGGGCUUGUGAUCUGGGACGCCAACAGCGGAGGCUCAGCGUCAGCAAGAUGCCGCUGUUUGAGGGUCUGGGGACUGGCGGCGAGAAGACGGCAGUUGUCAUCGACCUAGGAGCCGCAUACACCAAAUGUGGUUUUGCUGGAGAAACUGGACCAAGAUGCAUUAUCCCUAGUGAAAUUAAGAAGCUGGGUAUAACACAAGCUGUGAAAGUAGUUCAGUUUAACAUUAAUACUGAAGAGCUUUAUGGUUAUUUGAAGGAAUUCAUUCACACAUUGUACUUCAGACAUUUAUUGGUAAACCCAAGGGAUCGUCGAGUUGUUAUUAUUGAAUCUAUUCUAUGCCCAUCACACUUCAGAGAAACGCUUACCAGGGUGUUCUUUAAGCACUUUGAGGUUCCUUCAGUGCUUUUUGCUCCAAGCCAUCUCAUGUCUCUCCUGACUCUCGGCAUCAAUUCUGCUGUGGUAUUAGAUUGUGGGUAUACAGAAGCACUAGCAUUACCUAUAUAUGAAGGAAUUCCUAUUCUGAGUGCUUGGGAAGCACUUCCACUGGGUGGAAGAACAAUCCACAUGGAGUUGGAGUCACGGUUAUUAGAAGAAUGCAGUGUGGACACUGGGACUAAGACUGGAGAAGGCUUGGCAUCUGUGAUGAGCUCACUUCCAGAAGAAACUCUAGAGGAUAUCAAAGUUCGCACUUGCUUUGUGAGUGAUCUCCAGAGGGGACUGAAAAUUCAAGCUGCCAAGUUUAACAUUGAUGGAAAAACUGAGCGCCCCCAACAACCUCCAGAUGUGGCAUACCCUCUAGAUGGAGAAAGAAUUUUACAUGUCAAAGGAUCAAUCAGAGAUUCUGUAAUUGAAAUUCUCUUUGAACAAGAUAAUGAAGAGAAGUCUAUUGCCACUUUAAUCCUUGACUCACUUUUACAGUGCCCCAUUGACACAAGAAAACAGUUGGCAGAGAACCUUGUGAUCAUUGGCGGAACUGCUAUGCUGCCUGGUUUUUUACAUCGAAUUAUGGCUGAAAUUCGGUACCUGGUGGAGAAACCAAAAUACAAAGAAGUAUUGGCUGCCAAGACGUUCAAAGUUCACACUCCACCUGCAAAACCAAACACUGUGGCUUGGCUAGGAGGAGCAAUUUUUGGUGCUCUGCAGGACAUUUUGGGUAGUCGUUCAGUCUCCAAAGAAUAUUACAGCCAGACAGGUCGUAUUCCUGAUUGGUGCUGCCUGAGUAACCCACCUCUAGAAAUGAUGUAUGAAACUAGUAAAGCACCGCCUCCACUGAUGAAGAGAGCGUAUUCCACCGAGAAGUAGAGAUAACAUUGAUGUUCUGAGACAACCGACUUUAGAAGUAACAAAGUGUCUAGCAUAUUGUAUAUUGUAAAAUUAUGUUGCUCAAAUUUUCUGUAUGUUCUUGUUAUCACUCUCAAAACUAUUUGAACACUUGUUAGAGAAAAGGUGAUGUGUAUUCUAAAGCUCUUAAUUUCAACAUUGUAUGUUUUCCAUUAAGCAUUUUAAGGUCUGAACUCUGAAAGGUGAAGUAAAGGUAUGGCGUUAAAUUCUUACUAUAAGUGCUGCUGGAGAUGAAUUUUUCCAACAGAUAAUGUAGUCAGCUCUGAAGGUUUAUAAUUGCAAAUGUUUGAGUAGAAAGGGAUCCUGGUACACAAGUGUAUACUUUUGGUCCAAAGUUUACAAUAAAAGUUUUUGAAGCCA